GUAAGGCACCAAUAAGUUGUUUGACAACUUCUAACAAUCGGUAGAAUAAGAAAUUGAAAGCUGAUGAAGAUAAGAACGCGAAAAUGACUGAAAUGCUGGUUGUAUUGGAAAGCCUUUUUAAAAACAAAAAAAGGUCAAAGCUUUGAAAUUCAAAAGCGUUUGUUCAUUUAGCCGGAAAGGCUCCGUGUAUUAGGAUAAGAAAGGAUGGACGUCGCAAGAGAGGAGGAACCGGAGCCAAUCAGGCUGAAAUCGCUGAAGAACAAAGUUUUUACAGUGCCCCAAAACGACAGGUUUGGAAGGUGCAGAAGUGUUAAGGGUUUUGAAAAGCUCAACCGGAUAGGGGAAGGAACCUAUGGCAUUGUUUAUCGUGCUCGCGACACCAAGUCUGACGAAAUUGUGGCAUUGAAGAAGGUUCGGAUGGAUAAAGAAAAAGAUGGGAUUCCAAUCAGUAGCCUCCGAGAGAUCACUCUGUUGCUGGGGCUUCGACAUCCCAACAUCGUGGAACUGAAGGAGGUUGUUGUUGGCAACCACCUUGAAAGUCUGUUUCUGGUGAUGAGCUACUGUGAGCAGGACUUGGCGAGUUUGCUGGAGAACAUUCAGACACCAUUCUCUGAAGCUCAGGUGAAAUGUAUCAUACUGCAGUUGUUGAGAGGAUUGCGCUAUCUCCAUCAUAAUUUCAUCAUUCACAGGGACCUAAAGGUGUCUAAUCUGCUGAUGACGGACAAAGGUUGUGUUAAGAUUGCUGAUUUUGGAUUGGCUCGCAAGUAUGGCGUCCCCCAACAACCCAUGACACCCAGAGUGGUUACAUUGUGGUACAGAGCUCCAGAGCUGCUCUUAGGAAGUAAGACCCAGACUACGUCGCUGGAUAUGUGGGCUGUAGGAUGCAUCCUGGCUGAGCUUCUGGCACACAAGCCUCUACUGCCGGGAACAUCUGAGAUCCAGCAGCUCGAUCUGAUAGUUCAAUUGUUGGGGACGCCGAAUGAAAACAUCUGGCCGGGUUUUUCUGAGCUGCCUCUCAUUGGACAGUACAGUCUGAGGAAGCAGCCCUACAAUAAUCUAAAGAAUAAAUUCACAUGGUUGUCUGAGGCUGGACACAGGCUGCUUAAUCUACUCUUCAUGUACAAUCCACAACGCAGAGCUACUGCCAUGGAUUGUUUGGAGAGCUCCUACUUCAAGGAGAAACCUCAACCUUGUGAGCCCGAGCUGAUGCCGACCUUCCCUCACCAUCGCAACAAACGUACCGCUUGUCAGCCGGAAAGCCACUUGAAACGCAGCAAAGUAUGACCGACAUAUAGGACUGAAACGCCCGUUCUCAUUAAAACUCCAAUGGUUUUGCUUUCGUUCGCGAUGAAAACAGACUCCAAAUGUUCUUGAGUCCUGACGUUGUUUGUACUCGUGGAGUCAAGUGAUUCAGAACUCUCAUAGCGGUUUAGUGCGGCUUUGAGAGAAGACUUAUAUCAGUUUACUGUGGAACUAUGCUGAGGUUUUAUGACAAAACAAUAUGGACAUUAUGUUUUGAACAAAACUGACUAAAUUUACAAUGUCUCUUAAUAGUUAUUAAAGUGUCUGUGACAGGAUAAAAAAAUGUCUCAAAUAGCAUUAUUAUGUGAAUUUCAUAUUUUGAGACGAUUCAACUAUAUACGACAGUUUGGCAAAGCGCAGAUGACGGGGAAAUUCGUUUUUUAAUCUGCCGUUUAACCCCACUGUCAUUAUAGCGCUCUAGCGCCUCUAGCUGGCUGAUGACGUCAGCAGAGUAACGAUUUCGGCUGAUUUGGAAUCCAGCCCAUUGAGGGGGAAGAUUCAGAACGAAGAAAAUGCGACAGAGAGCAGCAAAAUGUUAUCAUUGUUUCAAUCUCUCUACUCCAAUACUUUUACAGAAUAUUCGUUUUAUCCAAGUAUUUUUGCUAUCCAAUUGCUAAAUACAUGGUAUGGUCAUGACAAAUAACAGUCUUGUAGUCUUGUGCAAAAUGGAAUAUGAAAUGUUCAAAAUGCAUUUAUUCAGGUGACAGGGCUAAAUUAUUGCAUAAUGGUUAAAACUGCCUGCCUCUUAAACCUCCCGAACGGUAUUUUAUGCUACCGGAGUUAGUCCGGCUUUUGUCAUUUCCAUGCCAUGGCUUGGGAGACGGCGGAAAGACCGUAAAAAAACAGGAGGCUUGACAGCUAGGCGACAAGUUAACCCGAACCGAGCAGCUUUUCCAUAUGUUUUCCUUGUCUUUCAAAAAUGAAAAAUCACAUAAAACUACCCUGACUGGUUGAUUGUCUUCACCGAUCGGCCAGCCCCUGGCGGCGAGCAAGUUUCGGCCUGUCGUGCUCGUCGCCGGGACACAGAAGGGAAUGAAUGCCGAAAAUAGAGCAUUCUCGGUGAAAAAACUGGCCGACGUCGAAGUGCGUGGCUGCCCGAGCCCAAGCCGAGUAUAGCGGGCACGUGAACAGGACUGAGGGGGCUGGAAGUCUGGACACAAUUGAGAACCGAGGACGCUCUCCGGGCCCAAGCCAAGGUACGCCUUUAUCGGGAGGCCACCAUGGUGUGCGACAAACUGCCGGUCAUCGGCCGAGUGGCCUUCUCGGUGGACAGGGAGCAUUGUCACCCACAAAAUGGAAGCCACCGAGUGGCCUUCUCGGUGGACAGGGAGCAUUGUCACCCACAAAAUGGAAGCCGCCUCCUUAUUAAAACGAGUAUUCUGUCAUAACAUAAAACACAUAGCUUACUCAUGUAGUCAUUCGUCUGGUGGUCAUACUUGUUUUGCCCAUUAUUCGUGAUGAAAAUGAUCUUUUAGAAAUCACCACUCUCCCUGGUGUAGCAACAAAAGCCUGCAACACAGUGGGGUGGCGUGACGCAAAAAAUAAUCCGCAAAAUCAGGUGAAUCCGCAUUCUUUCUGCUUACAAUACUAAGGGCUGUAUUGCGAAGAUGCUGAUGUCACAUUUGCCUUCAUCAAUCCAAGACAGUCGCUGGAACUCCAAAAUAGAAAAAAUGUAUCGAUUGCUUCCACACACAUCCAAGCGGUCCGUUUCAUUCAGGAGCAUAAGCAGGCCUUUUUGUGUCAGAGACACUUGAAGAUGUCAUUCGUGACCACAAUACACAGCAUUAGAGUUGUCCCAAUUUUGCACCCCAAGUCACCUGAUUUUGACGCGCUGCCAAAACAAAGUACACAUCCAGUACCUUGCAAAUUUAUUUUAUUCCAAACAUACAUUCUGUUUUAGUUCCUUUUGACAGUGUCCUUGUCCAUCUUGAUUGCUUUGUUGCUUUGUAGGCAUAAAAAAAAUCCUAAAAGCCAUUUUUAAUCUUGAUUCCAAUCUUCUAAAUAGGUUGUGUAGGACAAAACAUGUCUUUUGAUAUCUUUGUACAUCUUUUUAUUUGCUUUGUACCCCCCAAAAAAACAUCUUGAUGCUUUUCACCCAAUCCAGUAAUAAUCCUGUAGUAAUUUGUUCUUGAAAAUGUAGAGCUAGCGAUAUCUAGAUGAAUUGGACAAUAUUGGAAUAUCGGUUAAAAAGUCAUUAUCGGACAACUGUAAUGACGACUGUUCUCCCCCCUUUAUUUUGUAUAAUUGUUUCCCUGCAUUCUAUGGGUGCCUGUCCCUUUAAGAGAGUACGUUUUUGUGCGCAAACAGCAAAUGUGUGCCAAGCUGAGCAGAAAACAGAAACAACUUGUACUGUAUGGAUUUAAGUUCAUACAUUGGCAUUCCCUGUAAGCUUGUGAAAGCAAAGUGCUGCUUAUUGUGAAGCAUACUAAUUAUCGUUCUUGUGUAAGUCGUUGUUAGUUUUACACCUGCCGUAUAAAACAAGGUCCAAACCCAUCUUGGCGUCUGUGACUUAUUCUGUGGAGGUGAACUGGCUGGAUAGCAGAAAGGAUCUAACAACCUUAAAGAGAAGUCCCUGACGGACUAAAUCAGCCAAUGUAUUGUAGUUUAUUUGUUGGUGGAUAUUUAUAUUAUUUAAAAAAUGUAACAACAGACUAAAUCCAGUGACGGCAAAUAUACUGUGUAUUUAUCAAUGCUUAAAAUUGCCACCGUGAAGUUGCCCUCAUCCCCAUCAUUGUCAAAUCUGUAGAAAAUGUCAUUCAUUUGUGC